AUGUCGCCCGAUGAGCGUAGCCGAGGCAAAUCUGAUGCAAAGAGGGACAGUGAAGAGAACUCGUCUACAUCAACAUCCUUCACAUUAAUGUCUCAGAUAGUAGGGGCCUCGCUUUUGUCUAUUGCAUACAUCUUCUCAAGGAUUGGUUUCACCUUAACGUUCUUCAUUAUACCUAUUUCGCUGGGGAUCUCUUUGUAUCUCAUUCUUGGAUAUAUAGAGGCUUGCUACCUUACGCGGUCUUACUCCUAUCGGGCACUAACCCAAAAGGUUAUUGGGCCAAAGUUCGCAUACACUCUAGAUGCAAUGCUUAUAGUUCUCUACUUUGGCUUUCUUACGAGCUACAUCAUCAUUGCUAGCCAAUCAGUUAUUGGGAUUCUGCAGUCGUUCCUUCCUUCGUUCGACUCACACAAGUGGAUACCAUACGUGAUAAAAGCCGGCGUCUCCUUCCUCAUCAUCCUUCCUCUUUCUCUCCUCAAGUCCACGAAGGUGCUUUCUGCCAUAGCGUCUGUCUCCAUCUUCUUUGCGAUGGGCAUGGCCGUCACCAUCCCUGUAUACUACUUCAUCUCCCUCGGACGCAACGGGCAGGUCUGCCCUCGCUUUCCUUCGGCAAAGCCGACCGACGGCAGCACGGCAGGGGGCUUCUUCCGCCCUGCGGUCCCCUGGUGGCCGUCCCCGAGCAAGGGGUUGGGGCUCGGGUCCCUGCCCAUGGGGUUCCUGUUCUUCUUCAGCUACAUACCCAUGCUUCAAGGAAACUACACAGCACAGCUUGUAACCCCACCAAUGCUAAGCAUGUUAAAAGGCCCUCUUUACCUUCGCAUGCGUGUGCUAAAGUUGUCUAUAAUUAUUGCCAUGUCUUUGUGCACAGUUCUAUAUUGUCUGGUGGGAUUUUUUGGUGCGCUAAUCUUUGGGAAGACUAUAGAUUCAAACGUUUUGAAGUCAUUUGACAUUUGCAGUGAUUAUUGGAUUGUGGUGAUCAAGAUUCUUUACGCAUUAGUUGUUUGUGUGGCCUAUCCCCUAGUUUUGUAUCCUCUAAAGCUCUCGAUAUUUUCCUACAUUAAGAUUGAUAAGGACAUCGAGCCCAAGCGUUGGUACGGCAUCUUUGCAGGCUUAACUCUUGCGUUUGUCAUCUUCGGGUUCGGUGUAGCGUUAGUUUACGAAAAUAUUGCCGCCAUAUUUGGACUUUUAGGGUCUAUCUGUGGCGGCAUCUUAUAUUUCGGGGUCCCCAUUUGGGUAUAUUACAAGCUCCCCAUUCUUCGCGUAGAGUCAAAAAACGAUGUCGGUCAGGAGUUUCGCGAAGCUGCUGAUGAAAAUGGCGUUAUUGAGACAGAGGCUGUUGGGACUUCUUUGAUGGCCCUUAUGCUGCCAGGAGACGUCAAGGAUGCCAUAACCAGGGCAAGAUCUAUCAGUACAGCCGCACCAGUGGAUGUGAAUGCGGUGGAGGUCACCGUCAAUCGCUCCCGCGGGGUUUCUGUUAUGCGCACGGGAUCUCUCAUUGGUUUCAUGCGUGGGAGGACGCUCUCCAGCGCCGCCACAAACUUCGAGGCGGCACGAGGUUCGACUCUGCCUCCUCUUACAACAGUUGACACGGGGGCUCCAUUGACGGGUGGUCGCGACAGGACCUCGUCUUUCAUCGUCAACAUCUCGGCUCCCAAAGCCAGCUCCCGCCGAGCGAGUAUGGUCACAAAAAGCAGGAACAACAGUUCACUGGUCAAUUCACGCUUCCGAGGCUCGACCAGUCAGACACCGCAUGACAUCGAUAGCAUAGACGGCAAGUACGAUGACACACCAAAUCUCCCCCAGAACGAUGAACUUCGCGAUGGAGCAGGCGAGAGCACGAGAGAACGCUCCUACAAGAUUCAGAACAAAGCUGGGGCAGAGUACACCGAAUCGACAGAAGAAGAAAGUGACAGCGCGCGUGGACUACCGGAUAUUAUGCCUGCCGUUGCAGAGGCGCAGCAGGUAGAGAUAGGGAACAUCUGUGGCGCGAUAAACAGAGAAGCUGAGCUGGCAAAGAUGACCAAAAGGCGCAAGGCAAUCGCUAUAACGGCUAUUGUGAUAUCUGCAAUUGUUUGCUUUGAGAGUAUGUGCAUUAACAUUAUAGACUUUAUGGGGAAACUGGACUAG